CACGUUACGUUCGCGAGCGUCGAGAACACGCGCGGCAAAACACGGAAACGUUGAUUUUUAUUAACAUUAGCCGAAGACAGUAACGUUAGGCGACACACACGCAGCCAUUUUAAAUAACUAAUCUAUAUGUAACGCUGCAGUUUCUUCCUUAACGGAGGGAUACACAUACGCACGGUCAAGCACUUUUAUUACAGCUUUUGUUUUUAGGCGUUAGUAACGUUAGCUAUAUAGCAUAGCCUAGCUUGAGUUGAAUGCUGUUCCAAUCAACUUUUCCUCCUUCGCUCUGUAGUUCUUUCUGAAAGUAACAAAGUUUGUUACCGGGUUAUCUUCAGUUGUCGAAGUAAACACUACCGAUCCAGGAAACACAUUAUGUUCCGAUCAACAAAAGGAAGUUAAACUUACCGCACAACUCCCCGGAUGAGUGAACGAUGCUGAAGGCCUGACCAAUCGCGCUACUCGUGUGCUAAUGUGGCUAAAGUCGGCUGGUUGAGCUAACAGCAGACCAACGUUACUUUUCUCUUAGGUCUUCACCAUCACUGUCUAAAAUGUUUGGUUCUUCGAGGUCGGGAGGGGUCAGAGGAGGCCAGGACCAGUUCAACUGGGAUGACGUAAAAGCCGAUAAGCACAGAGAAAACUAUCUCGGGAACUCUUUGAUGGCACCAGUAGGACGAUGGCAAAAAGGCAAAGAUCUGACAUGGUAUGCAAAAGAUAAAAAAGGCAGUAGACCCUUGUCCAAAGAAGAAGAACUUGCUGCUGUCAAGGCUGCAGAGCACGAGGCACUGAUGGCUGCCCUAGGGCACAAGAAUAUAAAGAGGCAGCCAACUGGCCUGACUAAAGAGGACCUCGCAGAUGUUUGCAGGCGGGAAGAGGCUGAUGGUGAAGAGAGAAAUGUGGACCGUAUCUCAGGCUUGGGAAGUUCCAGUGCAGGGUCAAGGAAGAUGGUGCUCUCCCAAAAGGAAAAGGAGGCAGCUAAAAUAGGCUUGCCUGUUUUUACACACCACAAAACAGAGACUCGUCCAGAAACCUCAACAGCAAAGACAUCUCAGAGUGUAGAAAAGGAAGAUGUGGCACAACGGCACGAGAGCAAAAAGAAGAAGAAAGAGAAAAAGAGCAAAAAGGAGAAAAAGAAGAAGGAAAAAAAGAAAAAGAGGCAAAGAAGAGACUCGUCCUCCUCAGAGUCAGAUGACAACAGAAAGAGGCAGAGAAAGGACCACCAUCAUCAUAAUCCAUCAUACCAGAGUCAGAGUGGAGCCAGACCCCAUGACAGCCAUUCAAGGGGGGGAGCAAAGGCCGAGCGACAACCCUCCCACCCCCAUCACCGACAGCAGCGACAUGACACAGACUCCUCUGAUGGGGGGUCUCCUGUCCCCCGUAACCCUGUCAGCCACAAGACGGCCCCUGCUGGUGCCACACAAAGCCACAGGCGGCGCCACGACACAGACUCGGACGACUAAUGUCCUCCCCACCCCCUACCCCCCCAAUUCAAAGAUGCAUAACGCGGACAGAACGCCCUACAGCAGCUUCACUGGCCCUGAAGAAAGGGCAUGGAUGGAGACAGAUCGACUGACAGGCUUUGGCCUCAUGUUUUAACUUCUUCACCCAAUAAGUCUGUCAGUUGGUCAUGGGACACUGAUGUCUUUUGUGUUGCUCUGGGUUGUGUUUGACAAGGUAGUUUUUUUUUUGUUUUUUUUUUACACAUUUUAUGUGAUUAAACCACCAAAUCUCACGUUUUCUGUAUUGUCAUAGCUUGUGUUUUUUGUGUGUUUACCUCAUUACUUCAAAUACUAUGCAAGAUAAAACAACACAAACAGAACAACAACAACACAGUGAUCUUUUAUUCCUAUGUCUGGCCCUGGUGGCUGUUACUGUUAGAGAAAUUAACCCAGAACAUUGUAACUGCAAGAAGAGAAAACAUGCAAAAUAUCCCAAUCCCAUCAUUUCUUGUGUGCUGUAAG